AUGGCGGCCGCAGACGUGGAUAUUGGCUACGUCGCAGGCCACCUUGGCCUCGAUCAGCCUGUUAUCGCGUCCCUGACGACCGAGCCAACCGUUGAGCUCGUAAAUAUCAUUUUGCAGGCUGUCGCAGCCAGAGCGCACGAGUUUGACACUCUGUAUGCCGAAAAGCUCGAAACCGACAUUUCACUCGAGAACGCGGUGCGCAGCAACGAAACGCGAUCGCAAACCUCCAAAGCUACCGUGGACAAGGCCCUCAAGGAUGUUGAAGAGGCUAGGCAGCAAUUGAAGAAUGAAGAAACCAAACGACAAUCAGUUGAGAACGAGCUUCAAGUCUUCAAGGCUAAGAAGUCGGACUACGAUGCCGAGAUUAAGGCUCUCAAUGAUAAGAUUGAGACCCUCCAGUCAUCGAACCGAACCAACUUGAGCAUCAUCGAAUCCAACAACAAACGCGACCAAACUAUUACCGAAGAGCUCACAAAGCAGCACCAGCGUAACGUCGAGCUCUCCCGCGAGAUUACCACUCUGCAGCAAUCAGAGCAAAAUGCGCGAGGCCAGCUCAGCAGUGCCAAGUACCGAGAAGAAUCACUCCAGCAGCAGCUCGACCUUGCCCGGAAGAACAGCGAAUGGCUAGAGAAUGAACUCAAGACCAAGAGCGAGGAGAGUCUUAAGUACCGAAAGGAGAAGGGUGCCCGCAUCGCUGAGCUGCAACGACAAAAUGAAGACAUCCAAUCUCAGAUGGAUGCUCUCAAGCGAACGGAACAGCAACUCCGCGAGCGACUCGACGCCAUGCAGUCCAAGGCAGACGAUGCUCUAGUGAAGCUCCAGAAGCAAGAGGGAACCCACGCACAAACGAUCGAGAGUUACAAACACGAGCUCGAGGACCAGAGACGACUGGUGGAGAUGUCCGACCAGUUGAGCAAGAAACACCAAGAGCGUGUGCGUGAUCUCGAGGCCGAGAAAGAGCGACUCCGUGACAACUACGAAAACGAACUCCGACGAGUUCGAGUCGAGCUUGAGAAAGAACGGGAGAACUCUUCGCAGAUGGAGGAACGAAUCAAUCAACUCCAGGCCGAAAUUGACGAGCUUCAAGUGCGAGCUGAGCAGCACGUACCUCCACCAGCUGAAUCUACACCACAGACCCCCCGUGCUAAUGGCACUUUUAUGCGACCCUCGUCUCCUUUCGCAACUCCCGGGUCUAUUCGAGCCAAGGGCGCCAUUACUGCGACACAGGCUCUUGAUCAGCUGUAUCAAGUCAAGGGUCAGCUGGCUACUGAGAGACGUCGCAACCAGCAGCUGUCUGAGGAGUUGGACAACAUGAUGUCUGCUCUGGAGGCGAAGGCGCCCGAGAUGCAAGAACUUCAUGCCGAAGCUGACCAGCUCCGAGAAGAAAUUACUCGCAUGUCAGAGCUUUCGCAGGACAGCUACAAGGAGCGUGAUGACGCCAAGAAGGCGGCGAGAAAGGCCGAAAGCGCACUUGCAACUGCACAGUCUGAAUCCAAGAUUCUGCGCACUCAACUACGCGACCUUGGUACUCAGAUCAACAUGCUCUUGUUCCAGAUCCACGCCAUGGAGAAGGGCAUGGACCAGCUCACAGACGAGGAGACUUACCGCCUCCAGCAACUGCAGAAGGGAGAGAUUUCCGAAGAGGCCAUAUCAGACAUGUCCGACACUCACCAGUUCAUCACACAGAAGCUGGUCGUCUUCAAGGACGUCCAGUCCUUGCAAUCCAAGAAUGAGGAGCUUCUGCGUAUUACUCGUGAGCUGGCUGAUCAACUUGAGAGCGAGGAGGCACUCGCAGAAAAACAUCAGGCUAAGCAAGAUCACGACAUGGUCGAGAAGCUCCAGCAAGAGCUGGUUCACAUGACUGAUGAGACAAGGUCAAUCAAGAAGACCAUGGACAGCUACAAGACUGAGCGAGACAUGUUCCGACGACUUUUGCAACAUCGAGGUGUUAACGGCGAUGAAGCUUCCAUGAUGCGUAACUCGAUUGCUGGCGGUGAACGCUUGCCUUUGGCUAGUAUCGAGGCAACUGAGCAGACCGAGGCCCUCAACGAAGCCAUCCGCAAGCUUCAAUCCGAAUACGACAACUAUCGCGAUGCUCAAGAUGGAGUCCGUAAGGACUUGCGAGACCAAAUCGAUUCAUUGUCAGCUGAACGAAACGCCCUUCAGACUGACAAGGUCAAGCUUCAAGCCGAGUCUCGACUUGAAUCUGAGAGACGCGAAAUGUUGCAUACCAACUUCGUCGCCCUUCAAGGCGAGAAUCACGAGCUUCAGAAGCGAAGCCAAAUUCUAUCCGAGACCGCUGCUAAGCAGGACAUUCGUACACAGCAGGUUGCCGAGGAGCUAAUCGAAGCUAAGGGGCUACUUGACAGUGUUCGCAAUGAGACUGCCAACCUCAAGGCUGAGAAGAAGCUUUGGAAGGAUAUCCAGGACAGGCUGAGCAAGGACAACGAGAAUUUGAUUGAGGAGAAGAAUCGCCUAAACAACCUGCUCGCAACUCAACAAUCGCUCGAGAACGAGCGCAAUAUGUCCGACUCAGAGGCACGACGCAAAGCACAGUCCAAGAUUGAAAGCCUCGAGCAGCAGCUUAGCGACACUCAGAGGAAGUUGAACUACGAGUCGGAAGAAACUAAGAAAUUGCAGCUUAGGAAGGAGUACGAGUCGAAGGAGUCUCAGAAACGAAUUGACGAGCUCAUGACGAGUUUGAGUCAGAUUCGUGAGGAGCACGUUGCUGUUAAGACCAGCAGGGACCAUCUGCAGGCUCGUGUUGAUGAGUUGACUGUCGAGUUGCGCAACGCUGAGGAACGUGCUGGAAGGCUUCAGCCUCGACCUACUCCCCGACCUGGCACCAUGGAGGUUGGCGAACAACAGCAGCAACUUGAGAACGAGAUCCAGGACCUUAAUGUUGAGAUCUCCGACCUCAAGCGAGAUUUGGACAUGGCCAACACCCACCUCGAAAAUGCGAAGGCACAGGCUGAGCAGUUCAAGGAGCUUAGUCAGGCCAACGAAGAAGCCCUUGAAGAUUUGCGAGGAUCACAGGAGCAGUACCGUCAAGAGCUGGAAGCACUCAUUGAGGAGAAGGAUGCCAAGAUCAAGGAGAUUACCCAGCGCGCCGAGGAUACAUCUGCUGAAUUGUCUCGAUCUAAUACCGAGCUUUCCAGCCUUCGUGACUCCCAGGGCGAGAUUGCACGACGGUACGAGGACGAAAAGGCCAUCUUGCAAGAGGAGGUGAGCCGUCUUAAGGAGGAGAGUGCCAGGCACUUGGAGGCCACUCGGUACCAUCAGCAGGAUCUCCGUUCCCAGGCUGAGAUCGCUUCCAAGGCCCAACAGGAUUACGAGCAAGAACUUGUUAGGCAUGCUGAGGCUGCCAAGCUCGUGCAACAACUUAGAGCCGAUUAUAACGCCCUCAAGAGCGAGGCGGCGUCUCUGAAGUCCGAGGCCGACUCUGCCAAGGUAACUCUUGCUCAAAGUGAAAGCUCUUGGGAGGAUCGUCGACAACAGUUGGAACGAGAGAUGGCGGAGGUCAAGACUCGACGGGAGGAUGUGAACUCACAGAACAAGAUCCUUCACCAGCAACUGGAGGCCUUGACUGCACAAGUCACAGCGCUUCAGCAGAAGCGAGGUGGAGAUGACGAGGAGGAUGAAAGGAUGUCGCCUGUUCCUUUGGGAGAUGCUACCGAAGGUCUGCGCGAACUCAAUAGCUAUCUUCGACGUGAGAAGGAAAUUCUCGAGGUUCAGUAUGAUCUCAAGGCUCAGGAAUCCAAACGACUUCAACAACAACUCGAGUAUACCCACUCUCAACUGGAAGAGGCACGUCUCAAGCUCGACCAAGAGCGCACGCAAGCUGCUCAGAGUGGCAGGACAUCUAUGACACACCAAGACCUCAUGGAGAAGCUGAAUGAGUUAAACAUUUACCGCGAGAGCAGUAUGACGCUGCGAAACGAAAACCAACAACUCAAGGACCAAAUCGGCGAAAAGAACCAGAGAAUCGAGGAGAUGGAGGCUCGAAUCCACCCACUGGAAGCAGAGAUUGACACACUCAAAACUCAGAAGUCUUUCUUGGAGGAUGAGAUUAAGCAAAUCCAGGAGGACCGCGACAGAUGGCAGAAGCGCACCGAGGGCAUCUUGACCAAGUAUGGAAGAGUCGACCCUGCCGAGAUGGAGCAGCUCAAGGAGAAGAUCACCGAGUUGGAGGCUGAGCGAGAUACACUGAAGCAGGGCGAAGAGCCCCUGAAGGCUAAGCUCGCAGAGGUCGAGGCCAAUUUCGAGACUGAACAAGCCAACUGGGCCGCUACCCGCGCCAAGAUUAUCGAACAGGCCAAGGAGCGAUCAAGGAAGCUUACCGGAGAGAAAAACGAGGCAAUUCAACGCUCCACUCAAGCCCAAGAGAGCUUGGACAAGGCCAACGCCGAGCUUGAGGGUAUCAAGAAGGAGGCGGAGGAGUCUAGGAACCAGAGGUCUGAGCUGGAGCAACAAAUCAGGAACUUCCAAAAGGAGAUUGAGCAGUUACGACAACAAGCACAGACCACCCAGCCUGCACCCAGCACUGCCCAGUCAAACGAGGUCUCGGGCUCCUCUGAGAUUGUCGCUCAACUCGAACAGCAGCUUGCUAAUCUUCGCAAUGAGCUCGAUAGCAUCAACGGACAGAAGCAGAGUGCCGAGCAGCAACUCGAGACUCUCCGAGGUGAGCUGCAGUCAGCUAUCUCAGAGCGAGAUGAGGUGGCUAAGAAGCUUGAGGAGGCUGCCAGCACCACUGCACCGGCUGCACAGACUGCUCCCGAGGUUGUUGCUCAGGCUAACGGGCAACCUGGCGCUGGCAUCACUGACGAGGAGAGGAAGGCCCUUGAGGAGAGGGCUGCGGCUGCAGAAGCCAAGGCAACCGAGUUUGAACAGAAGGCCAACGAAGUUGAGGCCAAGAUUCAAACUACAAUCAAGGAGCGUUCUGACAGAAUGCGAGACACCUUGAACGCCAAGCUUAAAGAGAGCAGGCAACGCAUGGAAGACGAGUUCAAGAAGAGGAACGCGGAUCUGGAUCUCCAGUUCAAGCAAGAGAAGCAAAUCUGGCUGGCUGAAAACCCCAAUGCCAAACCCAACACAGAUGCUCCCAAGACCGAAGCAACGGAGCAGCAACCUCCUGCAACGCCUUCCAAGGCUGAACCUCCCGCCGUGCCUCCAACACCCACAUCUGCUGGGCCGACCGAUAUGUCUCAGCUUGAUGAUGCCGGCAUUCGACAAUUCCUUGCAACCAACCCUACGGUCAAGAACAUUGUUGCGGCCAACAUCAAGAAGAAACUUGAGAUUGAAAGCUCUAAAGUGAAGGCAGAGCUAGAAUCGUCGCUAAAGAACGAGUACGAAUCCAGGAUUUCAUCAGCUCGAGAGCAGGCCCAGCUUAUGGAAUCAAAGAAGUCUACGUUGAGAAUUAAUAUGGCCGAGAACAAGCUGAGACUGGCUGCUGCCAAGAUCAACGUUGUCGAGAAGGCGGCUUCUGAGACACCCCAGAAACCCGUCGUCGAAGUCUGGGAAGUGGCCAAGACAGCGCAGGCACCCCCUCCUGCACCCGCUGUAGCAAAGCCAGCUCCUGCAAAGCAAGGGCCAGCACCCGGCCUGCCUCCAACGCCUGCGACACCUGCAGCUAAGGGCGCCCAAGCAGCACCAACGAUGACACCAGCAGGUGCACCACCUACAACGGAAGUUAAGCCCGCACAGGCCGCGGCUCCGGCGGCGAGUGGAGUUCCUCCCCCUAAGGCCAACCCCUUCGCCGCUUCUACAAACGCCUCCUCGGCUUCUGUUGCCAACCCUUUCGCUACUAAGAAUGGAGGUGGUGCGGCUCCCGCUACCAAGGAGGGUCAGCCUCAAGCCCAGGCGCACCAGGGCCAGCAACAGACUCAACAGCAGGGUCAACAACAAGGUCAACAACAAGGCCAGCAGCCAGUACGAUCCGGCAUCCCCAUGCCUCGUGGUGGUGGUGGUGGACGCGGAAGAGGCGGGGCCUAUGUGCCUCCAGGUCAGCGUGGAGCCAGUGGCACUCAAGAGGGCGGACAUGGCCAUGCUGGCCGCGGAGGUCGAGGAGGACGUGGAGGUGGCCGUGGUGGAAUGAAUCCAGGUGCUAAUGACUUCCAGCCUGGCAACAAGCGCCCACGAGGUGAUUCUGAGGUUGGUGGAGGGGCCAAGCGUGCUCGGGGAGCGCAUUAA